AUGGAGUACCGAGCAACAAAAUCGGGUCUAUCGCGUGAGGUGCAGAAUCGCAUCAACGAAAAGUACAACGCAGAAGAGGCGGCGAAGGUCUUGAAAUGGAUUCGGCUUCUCAACCCUCCAUCGAGCAUUUCUGAUGACCUAGUAAAAGCAGCACAGGAGAUCCCCGAGGAUAUCACUUCGGCUCCAUCUGAGGAUUUCUACCGGUACCUCAAGUCGGGACUCGUUUUGGGUUACCUUAUGGCUUGCCUCAAGCCGGACGAAAUUUCACGUUUUGGUGCAAACAUGUGGAAGGUUUCGGACAAGCCGAUCUUUGAAACUAAUCGUCAACGUGAGAGGAUUGGUGCUUUUAUCAAUUUCUGUCAGGAGAUGGGAGUUGGCUCUGCCUCCGCAUUCCAGACUGACCAGUUGUAUGAGAUGACAAAUCUGCCACAAGUGGUGAUCUGUUUGUCACAACUGGGCGUGGAGGCACAAGCCAAACCAGGUUACAAUGGACCCGAGGGCUAUUGGGUGCAUCGUCACACGGAGAAUAAACGAAACUUUACUGAUGAGCAACUCAAACAGGGAGAAUCUGUGAUGCGAUUGCAGAUGGCCUAUACUGGUGGGGCCACUGCCUCUGGUGUGUCUUUUGGUGCUCGGCGAAACGUAACAGAUACCUUCUAG